AUGAUUCGCAGCGUUACUCGUCGAAUGCCUCGACGGCCUUUCCGACCAGCAAUCGUCACUUCCAGAGCCCCAGUAUAUAGCUUUCUCCGAAUGUCCUCGUCGCUACCACAAGUCAUUCCCCCGGUAUCGACAUCCCUUCCUUCGGACUCCUUCCAAUUAUUGUCCACAACAGAGAAAGUGGGAGAUGCUGAGAAUGCGCUGUUUGAAGAACAAGUCAAAGAGGUGGAGGCCUGGUGGAAGACUCCUCGUUAUAAGGGUAUCCGACGUCCAUAUAGCGCGGCGGAUAUUGUCAGCAAGCGCGGAGCACUGCAGCAGACAUAUCCAAGCUCAAUUAUGGCCAGAAAGUUGUUCAAUUUGCUGAAUGAACGAGCUGCAGAGGGCAAGCCAGUUCAUACAAUGGGCGCCAUCGAUCCGGUGCAAAUGACACAACAAGCCCCCAAUCAGGAAGUCUUGUAUAUUUCCGGUUGGGCGUGUUCCUCUCUCUUGACGACUACAAAUGAAGUGUCUCCCGAUUUCGGCGAUUAUCCUUAUAACACAGUUCCCAACCAGGUGGAGAGACUUUUCAAGGCACAGCAGCUACAUGAUCGCAAAAAUUGGGACGCUCGACGGAAAUUAAGCCCUGAGCAGCGCAAAGAGACACCGUAUGUUGAUUACUUGCGGCCCAUCAUUGCCGAUGGUGAUAUGGGCCAUGGGGGGCUUUCUGCUGUGAUCAAGCUUGCGAAGCUCUUUGCAGAAAAAGGUGCUGCCGCUGUGCAUUUUGAGGAUCAGCUACACGGUGGAAAGAAGUGUGGUCAUUUAGCUGGCAAAGUCCUUGUGCCAGUUGGUGAGCAUAUUAACCGUUUAGUUGCCGCUCGCUUCCAGUGGGAUCUGAUGGGUACGGAGACUCUCGUUAUUGCUCGAUCAGACGCAGAAAGUGGGAAGCUUAUCAGCAGUGCGGUCGAUGUUCGCGACCACGAAUUCAUUCUUGGCGUGACUGAAGACGUUGAACCGUUGUCCGAGACCCUUCAGGCUAUGGAAGCUGACGGUGUUUCUGGCGCCGAGAUUGAUGCUUUUGAAAGCAAAUGGGUUAAGAGUCAUAAGCUUGUUACACUUGAUGAGGCUGUCGAUGCCCAUUUGAAAGCCCAAGGUGCAUCUCAGGAUGCUAUCAACACAUACUGGAGCCAGGUCACGGCCAAUCCUAACCUGUCCCUAACAAAGCGCCGCGAUCUUGCCAACUCCCUUACCGACAAACCAGUUGUCUGGUCAUGCGAUGUCCCUCGCACACGCGAAGGCUACUAUCACUACAAGGCUGGCUUCCCCGCAGCCACCAAGCGAGCCAAGGAGUUCGCUCCUUAUGCUGAUCUUCUCUGGGUUGAAACCGGAAAUGCCAAUGUCGAGAAAGCUGCUAAGCUUGCUGCCGAUGUGCACCAAUUCUUCCCGGGCAAGAAAUUCGUCUAUAACCUUAGCCCGUCAUUCAACUGGAUGGCCCAGGGAUUCACUGAGGAAACUUUGAAAUCAUUCAUCUGGGACAUUGCCAAGCAUGGUUUCGUUCUCCAGUUGAUCUCUCUCGCUGGUCUGCAUACAAAUGCCACGAUCACUACAGAGCUCUCUCGCGCUUUCAAAGACGAGGGUAUGCUUGCCUAUGUGCGACUCGUGCAAUCCCGCGAAAAAGAGCUCGGCGUAGAUGUCCUUACGCAUCAGAAAUGGAGUGGUGCUUCAUAUAUGGAUGGUAUUCUCGGGUCUAUCCAGAGUGGCAGCAGUAGCAGCAAGAGCAUGGGUGAAGGAAACACGGAAACAGGUAUAAUGCCUCAUCUUUCCUCCACCGAGAUGUCAUCCACGCCGAUUGCAGUGUCCAAAACUCCCUCCUCUGUUCCGCCGACCGAGGAGGAGGUUUCCUCUCUCGUCCAUACUAUUUUCUCUGCCAAAACCUCGCAAGAAUCACUGGACGCUUCUUAUGCCCUUACGAACCUUUUGAUCAACUCCGUCGGAUAUCGCGGUAUCCACGCCUAUAAUAUCCUCCCACAAAUCAAAAAAGCCGCCGCUGAUAAGAAGGAUGGGGCGAAAAGAGAGAGCGCAAUGCUCAUCCUCGGCGCUUUGUUCGAACAAUUCCCCCGAAAAGAUUCGCUAAGUGAGGUGGUGUUCCUUAUCCAGGAUGGUGGCGUCUUGAAUAUCGCUUUGGAUGCUCUAGCCGACAAAGGAGCUGUCGUUCGCGAUGCUGCCCAAUACGCCGUCGAUGCACUGUUCGCCGGGUUGAAGCCUGAAUCCAUCGUCAACGCUCUCCUUCCCGCUGUGCUCCGUUAUUUGGGCAAAAGCUCCGGCAAGUGGCAGGGUGCAGUAGGCGCUUAUGCCCUGCUGGAAAAGAUGGCCAACAAAGCCAAGAUGGGCACUGGUACUAAAGAGGAAGAGAGACAGAAGGACUUGCUUCGUGAGGCGUUGGGUAACACUUUGAAGGAUGUCAUUCCGGUUGUUGAGUCUGGCAUGCACGAUUUGAAGAAUGAAGUUGCCAAACAAGCAAUCAAGACCAUGACAGCUGUUACCACUCUCAUUACUAAUGAAGACGUUAUUCCUCGUAUCCCACUCCUCAUCACCGCCAUGGAGAAGCCUUCCUCGGAAAGUUUGCAGAAAACAAUUCAUGCUCUUUCGCAGACCACUUUCGUUGCCAUUGUCACCUCGCCCGUCCUCGCCCUGUUGACUCCUCUUUUGGAACGAUCACUCAACACACCCACAACUUCCCAGGAAGUUCUCCGUCAAACCGUUGUGGUUGUAGAGAACUUGACUAAACUAGUGCACGAUCCUACUGAGGCCAGAACCUUCCUUCCCAAGCUCAGGCCUGGUGUUCAGGCCGUACAGGAUCGUGCUUCACUUCCCGAAGUUCGCGAACUGGCUGGCAGGGCCUUGGAUGUCAUCAAGAAGGCAAUGGGCGAUGAUAACGGAACCGUCGCUGACGGUGCUGUUGUAAAGACUACCUCCGACGAUGUAUUGAAGGUUCUAGACGGUAAGAUUGUCGCUCACGGCGGCCCAGCCCGGCCAGAAGAAGCAACCUUCUUCGACCUUGUUAAGUCAUAUAUUGCGGACAUGGUUCGUGAGGACGUCAAUGUCAGAAUGCUUGACCGUAUUCCAGGAUGUGUUGGACCUUAUCUCGCCGCUCUUAUCCAGGAUGGCCAAAACGACGCUGUUGCUUCCGAAGUUCACGACCAUUUUUUCGAAGAAGACCAGCGCAAGUUCGGUGCUCCUGUCCAAGAGGAUGACGGUGAGGUUGAAAUCGUCAACGCCGACUUCUCCCUCGCCUACGGUGGUAUGCUUCUUUUGUCUCACACCAAUCUUCGCUUGUUAAAGGGACAUCGCUAUGGUCUCUGCGGCCGCAAUGGCGCUGGUAAAUCUACUCUGAUGCGCAGUAUUGCCAGUGGAAAGCUCGAAGGUUUCCCUCCUAAGGAAGUUUUGCGGACUUGUUUUGUUGAACACAAUCAAGGCGAGAGCGCUGAGCUUAGUAUCCUCGAAUACUGUGCCCAUGACCCCGAGCUCCAGAAUGUCAGCAAAGAAGAGAUUUCCACUGUCUUGAGCGAAUUCGGUUUCACUGCUGGUCCUGAAGGUCGUCAGUCACAGAAAGUCGGUUCGUUAUCUGGUGGUUGGAAGAUGAAACUCGCUCUUGCUCGUGCCAUGCUCAUGAAAGCCGAUGUUCUCCUGCUCGACGAACCGACUAACCAUCUUGACGUCGCUAACGUCAAAUGGCUGCAAGAAUACCUCAAGGCUCACACCGAUAUCACCAGUUUGAUUGUCAGUCACGAUUCCGGAUUCUUGGAUGAAGUCUGCACAGAUAUCUACCAUUACGAGAACAAGAAGUUGGUAUGCUACAAAGGUAACCUGGCAGACUUUGUCAAGGUCAAGCCGGAGGGUAAGAGUUAUUACACUCUUUCGGCAUCCAACGUGCAGUUCAAGUUCCCGCCUCCCGGAAUUCUUACCGGCAUCAAGUCGCAGACUAAAGCCAUUCUCCGUAUGACUAACUGCACAUACACAUACCCUGGAGCCAGCAAGCCUUCUAUUCAAGAUGCGUCUAUCACACUAUCUCUGUCUUCCCGUACCGCUAUCAUCGGAGGUAAUGGUGCCGGAAAGUCGACAUUUAUCAAGCUUCUGACCGGAGAAACGGUUCCCCAGAGCGGUCGCGUCGAGAAGCAUCCUAACCUUCGUAUCGGAUAUAUCAAACAACACGCACUCGAGCACGUUGAAAUGCAUCUUGAAAAGACGCCAAACCAAUAUUUGCAAUGGCGAUAUGCCAAUGGCGACGAUCGCGAGGUGUACCUCAAACAGACUCGUAUCCUAACCGAUGAAGAGCGUGAGCAGAUGGAGAAGCCCGUCGAUCUUGGAGACGGCAGAGGCCCACGACGCAUUGAAGCUCUCAUGGGUCGACAGAAGUGGAAGAAGUCUUUCCAGUAUGAGGUCAAAUGGGUUGGGCUACUUCCCAAAUUCAACACCAUGAUCUCCCGCGAGACCUUGACCGAAUUGGGCUUCUCCAAACUUGUCCAAGAAUUCGACGAUCAUGAAGCAUCUCGUGAAGGUCUCGGUUACCGUAUCCUCGAGCCCAAGGUGAUCGCCAAGCACUUUGAAGACGUCGGUCUAGACCCAGAGAUUGCCAACCACAACCAAAUAUCUGGAUUAUCAGGUGGUCAGAAAGUCAAGGUCGUUUUGGCCGGUGCCAUGUGGAACAACCCUCACUUGUUGGUGCUCGACGAGCCUACCAACUUCUUGGACCGAGACUCCCUAGGAGGUUUAGCCGUCGCCAUUCGCGAUUACAAGGGUGGCGUGGUCAUGAUUUCCCACAACGAAGAAUUCGUCGGUGCCUUGUGUCCUGAACAAAUUCACAUCGCCGAUGGUCGUGUCACCCACCGCACCAGCACCGCCGUGGCCACUGACCGAUUCGAAGAUAGCCAGCCCGGCUCACCAGCUCCCAACAGCACUGUUCCCAGCACCGUGGCUAGCUCUGCAGUAUCCAGUGCUGCACCGUCGGCCGUCAACUCUGGCGCCGAGGACACCGGCGAAUUGAAAUUCAAGGCCCGAAAGAAGAAGAAGCUUACUCGCGCCCAGCAGAAAGAGCGUGAGGUUCGUCGUCGCCUUCGUCAUAUUGAGUGGCUCAAUUCGCCAAAGGGUACUCCCAAGCCUGUCGAUACUGAUGAUGAGGAGUAA